AUGGCGAAAGCGGUGCACAUUCGGAGUCUCUCGCAGAAGCAUGCCCAUCCUCACAUCGAAUCUAGAGGCUCCACUCCCCAGAUGGAAAGAGGAUGUUCGGGUGUAGAAAUAGAUUUAAAACAAUCUAGCUUUAUCCUCGAGCUUCUUACUCAAAAUCCAAGCACCCAGUGGUCUCCCUCUUCGUCAACUUGGACCCCCACAUAUCUUGCCCUGAUCUCUACUGCAUCUCACAAAAAACAAACAUCUCCACACGCAAUUCAGAACCGCAACGAUAACUCGAUCAUCAACGUUCUCCUCUCGGUGGUAGCUAUAGAAAGCUUCCACAGUUACUCUUGCGAUUUGAAGACACAUCUAAUUUCGAGACAAAUCUCAAAGCGCAACUUUGGACCAGAAGAAUCAUUCGGACAUUCCUUCAAAUCGAUCAACAUGAUCUAUGAACCCGACGAACCUCUCCCUUCUCCGGUGAGCAGAAUGAUAUCUCGUGCUCGCGAGUUAGUCGCAUCUCAAUACCCUCCUUUGCCAUCGCAAGAUAGCCAAAGCAUCACUCCAGGCUCGCGUAACACCGACGCCACGAGCUUAACUCCUUCAUUGAAUGAGGUUGCUCAUAUGGGUGGUUGGGCUUAUCCUACUGGUCAUGGUGCUGGACAUACCCUUCCAGAGUAUCCUCUUCCAAAUGGAAUUACCUCUGUUGGGGAGUCGAACUAUGCCACUGGUGGUACAAGACCUCUCUUGAAUGGUGGUGGUGGAGGUGCCAUUGCGACACAUCCUAUCUUGAAUCAAGUUACCUAUUCAGGAGACGCAAACUAUGUCGCUGGUACUGGUGCUGGAUCUUCAUUGAAAGCUUGUGAUGGAAGUGACAGUCAGGCCGGAGAGUUCGACAACGAAUACCGAUUCGGUUACAUGGAUGGCUAUGCCAGCGUUACGGGUGCAUGUGUUGUUCCGGAUGAGAUCUCUGACAUAAUGUCGUACCAAAGCGGUUGGGCCGCUGGGUUCGCCGAAUCUUUCAAUACUCUUGCACUUCCAGGCAACGUAUUCCAAGAUCCUGAUACUGGCGGAUAUUUAGCAGCCACGACGACAGGUUCUCUAAACCACCAGCAGCAAGCAUUCAGUCAUUCUGAUUUCUCAACAUCAUACUAUCCGGACCUCGAUUCGAGCAUGUUGAUGCCGAAUGGUGGUACCGAACUUGCUCACGCUGCUGCGGAGGAAUUUCCUUUUCGUGUCGGUCUUCCUGGUCCGAGUGGGAUCGUUGGUAGAGCAGAGAUGACUUCCACGUCUGGCAACAGCCUCAUCGACACGGACCUCUUGGAGAGGGGCGAGGAAUAUGAAGAGCGUUUGAGACUCGAGGUUUCCGUUCCACAUACUAUUCAUAAUGGAUUUGUCCAAAUGCCUACACCGAACUCCACUGCUUAUAGCAUGACCCCUGCUCAGGACAACAUGGAUUCUCCGGCCUUGGCUAAUCAUCAAGUACAAGCACAAGUGCCUGCACCAACCUCCACCGCGUAUAGCAUGAGCCCUGAUCACUACAACAUGGAUUCUCUGGUCUUGGCCACUCAUGAUGACCCUACCAAUCAUGGACAAGCACAAGUACAUAUUCCAAGUUCUAAUGGCUACGACAUGAACCCUGCUCCCAUGGCUUCCUCGGCUUUGGUUCAACAGUCUGUAAGUAGUCAAGAUACUAGUGGGGCGUUGAGAGUUAAGCCAAAGAAAAAUACUCCAGUCCGAUACGUGCCAUAUGUAGGCCCAGAUGGUGAGACACGCCCCACGGAGCCAGGCAACAGAAAGCUACUCAAGCAUGAGUUGAAGUUACUUGAGAGCUUCUACUUGAUUAUUGAACCACUCAAUGCUCCUAUGAGAGGUCAUAGACAGCUCGAAAGCUGGUGCUGGUCCUGGAGCAUCGUCAAAUACAACUCAACCAUCCAUAAUGAGUGGUGCGUGUAUCUGGUGGCGAACUCGACUGCUGAGGAAGAGGCAAUGGUGGGUGAAUCUCACAAGGAGCAUGAGCGUGCAAAGGCCAACUGGAAGAAAGACUUUGCGGCUUAUAGAGCUUUGCGCAGAAAGGAGAAGAAGAAGGAGAAGAGUGGCAAGGCAUGA